AUACAAAACGAAAUGGAAAAUUUCAAAAUAAAAUUAUUGAUUGGUGCUCUUUGCAUUUAUUUUGAAAUGACCUCAAGUGCCUACAUUCCACCAACAUUGGUAGUAACAACAAUUCCGGAACCCUGUCCGGAUCAUAUACUCAUAUUGGCCUAUUUGAUUAUCACGGCUGUUAUCAUAUUCGUCUCACUGGAGAUAUUCUUGACAAUAUUAUCCAAAAGAAAUAAGCAAACUAAGGAGAUUCAAUAUACCUAAGGGAAAUACUUUUAAUAUAGAUAUACAAUUUUUAAAAUUUAUAAAUGUUACUAAGUUUAGUUUAAGAAAUAUGUUUGAAGUAUGAAGAAGUAUGUAUGAAAUUAUGUAUGCAUAGACUUAAAAAUUAAAAUAUGUGUUUAGUCUGUUCCAGAACUGCACGAAUGUACAAUUUUUAACUAGUAUAACCGAUUUUUCCUUUAUGAUAUGGAAAGUAAAUGCAAAAUUGGUGGAUUCUUACAGGUUCUGGAACAGAGCAGUAGCUAUAAAAACGAUAGGAUAGUCACAAAUCAGGCGGGUGGACUAUAGACCACUCUAGAUAUUUUGUAGAAGAGCUCUCAAAAUAUAUAACACUGUGCCACAACAAAAAUAAUUAUUGCAGGAAAUAUUCAGCAAAUUAUUGAAAUAGAGCUAAAAAUACACACAUUUUUUUUAAUCUUAGCGCCAUCUUACAUUUGUAAAAUACAUUUAUACCGUCAAUUUUAUGCACCAACCUCUGCCUGAUUUUCUUCACAAAGUACUGUACAAAACAAACUAAUAAAUAAUGCUAUCGAUCUUUAUGGCUCAGCCGAUAACAAGAACAUUGAUAAGAACUUGUUUUAAUUAGAAUAUAAAAAAAAAACAACACCAAAACAAACCACAUGAGCUGCAUAAAAUGAUACCGUCCGUCUACGGGUUAAUGGCAUGUUUUGAUGAUAAAUUGUUUUUUUUCGACUUUGUCAGUCUAUGCUCAGCUAUAUAAACAAAAGCAACUCGGAAUAACCAUCAAGUCUCAAGUGCUAAUAAAAAAAACACAAUAACAAAAUGGAACAACCCAAAUUCUUUUCCGCCGAACAAGUUGCCAAAGUGUUGACAUGGAAUUUAGUGAAUUCCGCCGUAGAAGAGGCCCUAAGAGCAACAGGGCCCACUGAAGCCAAUCCUCAGGAUACGGAUGCCUCUUUCGCCAUACAACCGGCACGAUCAGUGACCUCUUGUGGUGAUAAAUCAAAAUUGCUGCUUACCAUACCUGGUUUUGUGGGCAACUACAAAUUGAACGAGAAACGCACAAACACCCUCGCCUGCAAGGUGGUUACAUCGUUUUCUGCAAAUCAAAAAUUGAGUCCACCUUUACCAAACAUAUUGGCAAAUAUCUUACUCUUUAGCUCCGAAACGGGACAGUUACAAUGCGUUAUGGAUGGCACACAAAUUACGGGAUGGCGGACCGCCUCAGCAUCAUUGGCCGCAACCAAGUAUUUGUUUUUACAUCGUUUUCCUGAGGGUAUGAGCAAAGCAAUUCGUGUUGCCAUCAUUGGCUGUGGUGUUCAGGGACAGUCGCAUGCCAUGGGGAUGUGUAAAACAUUUAAUGUUAUCGAUAUUUACCUCUGGAAUCGCACUAAAUCGAAAGCGGAUCAGCUGGGUGAGAAAUUGCGUUCAGAGUUUCCCAACUCUGUGAAUGUUCAUAUUGUUGAAACGCCUGAGGCGGCUUGUCGUGAAGCUGAUGUCGUUUGUGUGGGAACCUAUUCACCCACGGCUUUAAUUAAUUAUAGCAUGCUGAAACAUGAUAAUGUGCAUAUUAAUACCGUUGGUGCGGGUCAGGUUCAUUUUGGCGAAGUUGCACAAGAUAUAUAUGAUAAUGGUGUCGUUUAUGUCGAUUCUCUGGUCAGUGCCAAAACUGAACUAAAGGACUUAAAGGCUAAAAUUGUUGGAGAAGUGGGCGAGGUUAUUCGCAACAAAGGUCAACGAAGUGAAAAUAAUCGUAUCACCAUUUUUCAAUCGAUGGGUAUUGCUGCUGAAGACGCUACUGUGGCACAGGCGGUUUACGAGGCUUUGUGCAAAUGAGAACGAACUAUUGGCAAAUAUUAAAUGGAACACAUUGAAUAUACAAAUACAAGACAGUUUACAUUUUUCAACAUAAAAAAAUUUAAAAGAUUAAAAAAUAUACAUUGCCACUAACUAGUAAUAUUUUCUUGGUAAACUCUUUCGAAAGAGUAAGAUA